UCGUGCUCCUCCUUCCUCGUUCCUAUCCUCUAUAGCCUAGCCUAUAUAUAUAUAUUCAAAGAAAAUAAAAGAUGAAAAAAGGAUUUUGCAUUUUAGGGUUUUCUACUUUCUCCUUUUUCUUUCGGCUCCUCCUCUCGAAUCUUCGCGACCCCAAAGCCAGACCCUAGCUCCGUACCUCCACCACACUAGCCGCGGCGACUCCCGCUUCAUACCAGCUUUUCCGAUCAGCCGCCGCUGCCAGAAUCCUUGUUCUGGCUUUGUAUUUGUUUCAUAGUCUCUGUUUUGAGUGACAUCCCUUGAAGCUAAUGUGCAAGUCCGGACAGUAGCAUGUCAAGCAAUUUUGUGCCACAACAGUUGCCAAUUUCAAGCAUGGAAACGGGUCAGCUGGAACCCAUUUUGAAAAAUAUGGGCUCAUCAACACCAGAAAUCCAAAUGGGAGGAAUUGGUUCUGUAUCUAGUGGUCCUGGAUCACAGCAGUUUCUGAUGUCAAACAGCCAGAUGGAAAUGAUGCCUAAUUAUACUGGUUCACAGGGAUUAUCUCAAGCAUACAUGCAAAUGGGACACAUUGCCAAUGCUAAUGGUAAUCUUGGUUCACAGAAGCUUUUUACACCUAGCAAUCAAUUUGGAGAGAUAGGUUCCUUGCCUACAAAUGUGGGAUCAUAUCAGUUGUUGGCCUCUAUGAAGAGAAAGGCACCAUUGGAACCCAUGUUUCUUGACCCUGGGACUCAUCAGUUGUUGAUGCCACACAAGCGGGUCGCACAAUUGGAACACAGACCAUGGUUGCAACAAGCACCUGCAGCAAACAAAAGAGCUGUGCAACUGGAAUCCAUGGCCAGUGCUCCAGGGUCUCAGAAUAUGCUGGCCCCAAAUAAGAAAAUGGUAAAGAUGGAAUCCUUCUCUGGUAGAUCUGGGCCUCAGCGGUCUUCAAGUCAAAAGAAUCAAACUUCACAGAUGCAACCAUCUCCAAAGGCUCAAAAUGAAUCAUUUGAAUCUGUAAGGUCCAAGAUGAGGGAAACAUUAGCUGCUGCUUUGGCUUUGGUUAAUCAGCAACAAGAUAAAUCUCCAGAAUCAGAAAACAAGUCUCAGGGGAAAACACAGGAGAGUUCUGGGCCUGUUAAACAUGAAUUUAAAGAAGAGCCCAAGGAGACUUUUCCUUCCGGUGAAACUUGUUCCACUCCGAAAAGCAACAUUGCAGAAAGUGCUGGCCAAAGCAUUAUGUCCAAUGCAAAUACUAGUGAUUCUACAUUGGCCUCAAUAUGUGAUGGGAAGGAGUUCCAAUCAAGUAGUAUUUUGCCUUAUGAUGUUUCAUUUGGUGAUAACUUGUUUGUCAAAGAUGAACUUUUGCAGGGAAACGGGCUUUCCUGGGUACUGGAUUCUGAUAUUGAAAUGGCUGACAGAAAUGAAAUUCCUCCUGCUGUAAAACAAGAGUCAGAUCAAGAGAUGAGACAUCCAGAAGAACAAGCGAUUCAAUCUCUUGAACAGGUGGCAGUUCAAUCUCCAGAACAGCUGGCCUUUGAAAUUGAAGCAGAACUAUUCAAAUUAUUUGGUGGUGUGAAUAAGAAGUAUAAAGAGAAGGGAAGGUCCCUUUUGUUCAAUCUAAAAGAUCGUAAUAAUCCAGAACUGAGGGAGAGAGUUAUGUCUGGAGAAAUAACUCCAGAACGUUUGUGUUCUAUGACUGCAGAGGAACUUGCUUCAAAGGAGCUUUCUGAGUGGCGGAUGGCAAAGGCAGAAGAGCUUGCACAAAUGGUAGUUUUACCUGAUUCAGAACUUGAUAUGAGACGCUUAGUGAAGAAAACACACAAGGGUGAAGUUGAAGUUGAACAAUAUGAUAACACUCCAAUGGAGGUCCCAAUCUCACAGGAUCAGGGUCAACCGAGAAGCAAGGAGACAGAAGUAUCUACCCCUCUGAAAUCUGUUAAGCCCCGGAACGAGGUCAAAGCUCGACGCCAAAAUAGUGAUGAAGAGGAGUCCUUUACUUUUCCUUCAAGCGAUGGGAGUGAUUUAUUGCAAGGGCUUAUGGUGGAUGAUGGGUUGAAAGAUCUUCCUCCAAUUGUCUCGCUAGAUGAGUUCAUGGAAUCUUUGGAUAAUGAGCCACCGUUUGAGAUUCCACCUCAGAAACCGUCACCCAUCUCAGAAAAGGAGAACUCAGAGACUGGCUCAGAAUCAAAGUCUUCUCGUUUAAGUCCCAAAGAUUCUGUUCAUUCUUCCUCUCCAAAACGUGAUGAAAUUGAUGCAACAGAUUCAAAGCCUGAAGCUGUUAUCAAAACUGAAGACAAUCCUGCUGUGAUAAAAACCAGUGACAGUGCUGGUGUGAAGUCCGGUGACACUAUCGCUGAUGUGAAGUCCGGUGACAGUCUUGAAAACACAGAAUCUACACCUGUUCAGAAACCCAAGGGCGAACAUUUGUGGGGAGGUUCCCUCCAGCUGAGUAUCUCGACCAAGGCCUCUGUUAUUGGCCUCUUUAAAAGCGGUGAAAAAACCUCCGCAAAAGACUGGCCUGGGUCUCUCGAGAUCAAGGGCAGAGUCAGGCUCGAUGCUUUUGAGAAAUUCCUGCAAGAGCUUCCACAAUCCCGAAGUCGUGCUGUUAUGGUUGUGCAUUUUGUUCUUAAAGAGGGGUCGUCAGAGACUGAAUCUGCAAGCCUUCGUGAGGUCCGAGAUUCUUAUAUUUCAGAUGAGAGAGUGGGUUUUGCUGAGCCUUGUUCUGGUGUUGAACUAUAUUUUUGCCCUCCCCAUAAUAAAACUUGUGACAUGCUCAGCAAGAUCAUUCAGAAGGAACACGUUGAGGCACUGAACACUAUUGAUAAUGGCCUUAUUGGUGUUAUUGUGUGGAGAAAGUUAACUUCCCCUAAAUCAUCUUCGCACCAGAAACACGCUUCAAAAAAGCAACACUAUAGUAGUUCUACUUCUAGGAGGCAUCAUGAUACAAAUUCGAAUGCCAAUUACAAUUCCAAACCUUCCCAGCCUAGGGUCUUACCUCCCACCCAUACUAAAGUAACACAUGAUGAUGAGGAGGACGAAGUUCCUCCUGGAUUUGGCCCUCCGGCUUCCCGGGACGAUGAUGACCUUCCUGAAUUCAAUUAUAGUGGUGCGUCAAAUCCGUCUGUGCCAAAGUUUUCUACCCAAAGGUCCUCUAGGGGGCCUGGGGUGUACCCCGAGUCUCAGACUCCUCGCCCUGUAGAUAAAAUGAGAGAGCUGAUUCUUAAAUAUGGACAAAAUGACAGCCGUGCAUCAUGGAAUGAUGAUGAUGAUGAUGAUGAUGACAUCCCGGAGUGGCAGCCAAAUCCAACCCCAUCCCAGUACCAGCGGCCACAGCUACAACCAGUGAACAACUACCAGCAACCAAUGCUGCGAGCCCAUAUCGGUUCUCCACUUCAGCAGCAGCCAUUGCAAACCCCGCAACCCCAAAUGCAUGUGGCAUCAGGCUUACAGACUCCUAGUCCUUAUUGGCAGCAAGGGAAUCAAUGGGCUCCUCCUCCUCCACAGAGUGGCGGCGUGUGGGCGACUAAUGUAGCUUGUCAGCCAGAAUCAGGGCAGUUUUAUGGAGAACCUGAUAGAGGAACAGCAGGUCAGCCGGGAAUAGCCUGGCGACAGAACGCUCCUAGAAGUAGAGGGUUUUAAUUGUUUCAUUCUUUCUUUCUUUCCUAUUCGCAUGUAAAGCUCAGUUUCUUUCUUUUUGUAUUCUCAAGAGUAGUGCUUGUAAGCAUAAAUGCUCUACAGAGUUGGUUGGUGUAGUUCAAGCUUAAGUGGGAGCUUUGUGCUAGUAGUUCUUGUAGGCGUUAGCUGCAGAGCGUCUUUUUAGAUAAUAAUGUUUUAGAACUUUUACCAUAAAACAAAACCAAGAAUGUGGUUGAAUAUUACUGAGACCAAAAUGAAGUUGCCUUGUCUCA